AUGUCAAACUUAAAUUUCUCUCAACUCCUGCUGGCACUGCUUUUAACCAGCAGUUACGCAUUGGCAUCUGAAAAAUGUAUUUAUUGUCGGGGUAUUAAUUGCCAAAGGACUAGUUACGAGGCGGAUGAUCAGUGUUCGGAUAAAUUGGAUGCCUGCGUGAUUGUUUUUUACGAUGGAUUUGUUCAGGCUCAAGGAUGUCUGGAAGGCCUGGAGGAUGAUUUAAGAAAAAAUUGUCAGGAGGAUAAUAAGGGACAGUCAGUUAACCGCGAAAUCUGUAUAACGGAAAAGUGCAAGGUGGCUCCAACAACAUACAGCUGUCUUCAGUGUAAUAGCUCAGAGGUAGUUAUUCGAAUAAUAAAAUAUUAAACCAAAAACCUUAUCAUUUUAAAACCUUUAUCAUUUCAGUGUGCUGAAUCUCCAGAGCUUCUGAAAGCUAAAGAAUGCGCUAUUCCGAGAUCUGGUAGAGGUUUUUGCUUUGCCAGUUUGGUGGGAGAUCGUGUGGAGAGAGGAUGUUCCUUGACUCUUUCAGAUCAAGAAAAUUGUCUGGCUAAUCCAAAUUGUCACUUGUGCGAUCCCUUGGAACAACCCCGAUGCAAUGAUCAACUUAUAAAAGCAGAUUCCUCAACCACUCAAGACCCAGCGGAAUCCACUAGUUCAUCAACUGAGUCUACACCUAGUUCAUCAAUAACAACAGAAUCAACAUCGAGUUCUUCAACAAGUUCUUCAACAAGUUCAACAACAAGUUCUUCAACAAGUUCCUCCACAAGUUCUUCUACAAGUUCUUCCACAAGUUCUUCAACAAGUUCAUCCACAAAAUCACCAGAAACUACCCAAUCAACCACAGAACCUUCGAUAACCGAGGAGAUCCCAACAACAACGGAAACACCCAGUUCGGCAUUUGGUUUACGUGCUUCCGUGUUCCUAAUAUUUACUCAAUUGGCUUUUUGUGCUCACAACGUACUUCAAUAAUACAAAUAAUACCUAAAAAAUUUCCACCACCUUGUCCGGAACGGAAUCUAUGUACGACUAUUAUUAAAGUAAUUUUUAUGACGCGAUCAUAAGUUUUUUGUCACUAUUAAUAUUUACUCAAUUGGCUUUUUGUGCUCACAACGUACUUCAAUAAUACAAAUAAUACCUAAAAAAUUUCCACCACCUUGUCCGGAACGGAAUCUAAGUACGACUAUUAUUAAAGUAAUUUUUAUGACA